ACCCACACGCACAGCCCCAGACACAUGCACACGCACGCACCAACGCGCACACACACAUACACACGGAAUCUCUGCUCAGCCAUGGCUCCCUGGUAGAUGCUCAAAGCGGCUGUUGUCAGAGCGAAUUAAAUCUCUACUCACUCGCUGCUUUUCCUCCUGACCUUGCCUGCCUCCGGUUGGGUUUUCAAUAUUUUAUUCAGGAUUCCUGCGCUCGUGUCUCCCCAUGGCUACAUCGGAUGGACUAGACGGCUGUCUGCAACGAGGCAGAUCUCAAAGUGACCCGAACAUACUCACCGAACCGGGCAUCGAUUUGGUUCACAGCGCAGUAGAGGUGGUGGACCAGCAGAGGGUGCUGAGGACAGGCUGCCUGGUGACGGGGGUCCACACUCCACCCAUCAGACGCAACAGCAAGCUGGCCACCCUGGGGCGCCUCUUCAAGCCCUGGAAAUGGAGGAAAAAGAGAAACGAGAAGCUGAAGCAGAGCUCCACAGAUGUAGCAUUAUCCAGCGGCCUUCUAUGCCACGACCCCAGCUCCCCCACUCAGGGCUGCUGCUCCGACGGGACAGUCCUGCUGGGGGGGUUCGGGGGGCCCCUGAACCCCAACCUCACAGUGAGCAGUGUGGAAUACCUGGGUCCGGACGAGGAGCAUCUCCCCUCAGCUCCACCUCUGCAGGACUGUGAACGGGUGGAGGAGAACAUAUCAGUAGCAGAAGACAACGGAGAGGAGGAGGGGGAGGGGGAGGAGGAGGUGCAUCCGGCCGGAGAUUUACCAGAGGGUCUGCAGGACCUGGGAGACCAGAUGGAGGAGAGACCAGAGGAGGAGAUCCCCCCAGGAACCUCCCCACCACAAGUACCUCCCAAACUCCUGCCCCAGAUGAGUACAGGAGACGAUUCAGGCCCUGUGUCGCUCCCGGCUCACAUGCCCAACUCCUACCUCCCCAAAGAACCUCCUCCCAGGGCCCCUGAAAGCAUGGCUUCGAUGACCCUGCCGCUCCGGGGGCCCCUGGCCAACCCCUCAGGGUCUCCACAUCUAGGCAAUAUGAUCCACCCUCCCAUGCCCCCUAGCUGCAUCAUGGAGGAACUGCAGAGAGCAUUCGCUUCCAAGAACAGACAGGAGAGUGUCCAUGAGGGAUGUGAGCAGGGCUCACCUCCGAGGCUCUGGUGUUCCGACGGACGCCUUUCUCGCUCGUGCAGCUCUGAAAACCAACACUCGUCAUCCUUGGGGGGCUGCGUAGGGGGAGGGGGGUCGGACUGGCCCAAGAAGGAGGCGGAGGAGAACAAGGAGAACGUACGGCUGGACCAGUGCUUCUCCAACACCUCGGGCCUCCCCACAGACUUAGACGGCUGGAAUGAAUCUGUCAUCUCUGGAACACUUCCUCGCAGGUUAAGGAAGGAGUUGCUGGCUGUUAAACUACGGAACAGGCCCAGUAAGCAGGAGUUGGAGGACAGGAAUAUUUUUCCGGCACGGAGCGACCAAGAACGCCAAGAAAUACGGCAGCAGAUUGAGAUGAAACUCGCCAAGAGGCUGAGCCAGAGACCGAAUGUGGAGGAGCUGGAGAGCAGGAAUAUCCUCAAACAGAGAAAUGAUCAGACAGAACAGGAGGAGAGGAGGGAGAUCAAACAGAGGCUAAACAGAAAGUUGAACCAGCGGCCCACGGUAGAUGAACUGCGAGACAGAAAGAUUUUGAUCCGCUUCAGUGACUACGUGGAAGUGGCCAAAGCUCAGGACUACGACAGGAGAGCAGACAAACCCUGGACUCGGCUCUCGGCGGCAGACAAGGCUGCCAUCCGAAAAGAGCUCAACGAGUUCAAAAGCACCGAGAUGGAAGUGCACGCGUCCAGCAAACACCUAACAAGGUUCCAUCGCCCAUGAGAGCGGGGAGUUUCUUCUGUGAAGAAAUGCUGAGCGUAGAGAUUUUCUGAGGCUGCUAGAAGCUGCUCAGCGCUGACAGUUCAAAGAGCCUGGAGCCUUUUCGUCUUCAGCGUGUCUUUAACAUUCUUCUGGCACCCUUGGGUCCCAUAUCAUCAGUAUGGGAGCAUGGGUCUGGGAGAAAAAGGAUGAUGGGAAUGUUUGUGGCAGUGUGUCCUGGAGACUACUAAAGGUUGCCACAUGGAAGCCGGCUGGUGGAAGAGGACUUUGGAGGAGCCUCCGACUCUCCAGAAAGAGCGGAGGGAUAACAAUAUUGUCAUUCAGUCAGUGUUGUUUAUUUUGUACUAUUUCAUGGACUCCUUUGACAAGGCGGUGUGAAUCCGUGUAGUGGAAGAAGUUGUGCAUGUGACCAGCUUCACCUUUUCUUAACUGAUGAAUAAUGUGUCACUUGGACUGUGUAAAGACUGUGCAGUUUGGGGGAGGUGGUAUUGGGGAUGAAUUUGAUAUAAACUGUACAUACAGUAUGUCAAUGAAUGGGACUGUCAUUGUCUUCACUGAAAAGAGAAAUACCUUUGUAAGCACCACUUGUCUUCAAAAUACAAGGUCUUUUUUAAGAAA